AUGGACGGCCCAGCAAAGCCUAUUGUGACGUGGGAUGCCUCAAUCCCCCGUCACUCUGGAGCUCCAACUGCAAACCAGGAACCCAAAACCUCCCCCAAGACUGUCCAGGACAAUGAUGUGGCGGGCCCAAUGAUCAAGACUCAGCCCGAUCCCAGAUCCGGAGUUGAUCCCAACUCGCUGGAAGAUGAAGACCAUACCAAUUCAACCAUGCCAGAUAUCCUCGACGUGAAGGCAAAAAAGAGGAGCAGAAAAAGACGGCCCAAGAGCAAGCGAGGCCAGGGCAAGCCCACUGGAUUCGAGGACUUCUAUGCCGAUGCUCCUGUCACUCCCGAAGAGUAUGAGGAGCUUUGUGAGCUCUAUGACCCUGAACUUCCCUUCAUCAUCCGAAUUGACGAGGCCUUGAGCCGCUACCAAUCCCAGCGCCGCUUCGAGAAUGAUAGAAGCAGCAUCUUCGUGAAGUACCUGAAAUACGGCGGUGUCAAUGUCGGCCCCAAGCCGUUUGCCGGCGUGACUCCGCAAGAGUUGAGAGACAUGGACAAGGAAGAUGCCAUCAAGGCACGCAGUCAGACCGGCGUUCCAUUCAGCCAGAUGAAUCUCGAUGUGGAUUUCCAUGAAGUGGUGCGAGGCUUCCUCACCUCCUUUUUUCCGGCAUAUUUCCAUCCGGAAUCCCUGGAAAAGAUCAAACUUGCAACAGUGACCAUCCGCAAUUUUCUGUCAUACCUGCUUUACCAUGACGUGUGCCCCGAAUACAAGGAGAACAUCGACAAGGCCUGCAAGGCCUGUGACCUGGCCACCGUCGAGCUGUGGAAGAACCAGCAGUUUGUUGCCGAGGGUCCAGGUAGCUUUAACCAGGCCUGCGCCACACUUUACGGCGGGUAUUCUUUCAGUGUCCCAGGCGAUGGACAGGACUGGAUUCCCGAAAGACGACAGCCGAUUCCUGACGACUUUGCGCGCAAGGUAGUCAAGUUUGCGCUCGCGGUCUGCAGCUCCCGUCAGCAAAUGACUCGAUUCCAAAUCCUGGAGAGCAACGGCACUCUGCGGGGCAUGCAGAUCCCGGAUAUCAAUGGCUUUGAGAUCAUCUCCAUCGUAUGGCCAGACCCCGAAGUCUAUGCUUGUUACAAGGGCUCUGCCCCAGAUUUAAUUCCCCUCGGCAAAAUCCAGGUCAGGUCUUUCCAAGAUCCCGCGAAGCCUGAUUUCGACCUGAGUCCUCGGGAGCGCCGGGACUGGAAUCAGGGCAUGGCCCCCGCGUAUGAGUUUGAGUUCCUUCUGGAAACUAAUCUGCUUGCUCACUGCUACCCCGGAAUGAAGGUCAAUGCGUCGGUAUGGCAGCUGAACUGUGGGCUGUUCUACUUUGAUGCGGUCGAGUCUGCUUUUGCGUCUUUCUAUACGGUGCUCCCCAACGAUCUGAUGAUGGGCUGGAAAGAGCCAAAGAGUCUUCCUCCCAAGAAGGUUGACAAGAUGCAAGAGGAAGAGUCUUGGUAA